AUGGUGCAUCAAGCAAUCCAUAUUAUAGAAUUUUGUUUGGGUUGUAUAUCCCAUACAGCUUCAUAUCUUCGACUUUGGGCACUUUCCUUAGCACACGCUGAAUUAUCGGAAGUAUUAUGGACAAUGGUAUUUCAUUAUGGUGUUGUGGUGGGGGGCUGGAUUGGAGUCUUUACGCAGUAUAUCGUGUUUUGGGCAUUCGCGAUAUUAACAAUAGCCAUCUUGAUUCUUAUGGAAGGCUUAUCGGCAUUUUUGCAUGCUCUUCGUUUACACUGGGUGGAAUUUCAAAGCAAGUUUUAUAUUGGAACAGGCUAUCCUUUUGAACCGUUCUCAUUUAUGAAAAUCAUAGAGGGGAGGAUACACUGA